CAACCCCAAAAAAUAGAGAUUCAAAGAACAUAUGAUGGGGGAUACCAAGCUCUGCUUGGUUCUUUUUAGCUGUCUUGCUUUAGCUUAUGCCCUAGACAGCCCUGAAGGUCAACCAGCAUGCUUGUUGGCAAAAAGGUACAAGACACUGCACAAGUAUGAAUACCAGUAUGAAGCUGAGUCCCUGAAUGCCAUUACUGGUGCUACUCAGCUUAGAAAUGGACCUAAAGUAUCUUGCAAGGUUGAGAUUGAAGUUCCUCAGAGCUGCAGUUACAUCCUUCGCACAACAGGCUGUAGCCUAAGUGAGGUGGUUGAUACGGAUGCAGAGGGCAACCCUGUGUUCGGACCUGCAGCUGGUUCUGAUGCCUUUGUAGCUGCUAUGGAAACAUAUCCUCUGAAGGUUGUAGUUGAGGGAGUGUAUGAUGUGAAACUGUACCCUGAGGAGGAUGAGCCCAUGACCAUCCUGAAUAUUAAAAGGGGUAUUGUCUCUGCCCUUGCUGUGCCCCUGCUGGAGGAAGACAAGAACAAGAGACUGCCCACCGUCCACGGCAUGUGCAAAACCAUCUACUCUGUCAAUGCAAGGGAGGACAUAGCCACUGACAUUACCCUCACUAGGGACCUGUCAAGAUGUGACAACUUCAUCCCCCAAAGGGACCACACCAGCCCCCUGGCCCUCAUCUCUGGCAUGCACUACCCUCUUGCCCAGCUGAUCAGGAGCUCUCAGACCUGCAACUACAAGUUUGAUAAUGAGAACAGGCAUAUGACCUCUGGUGCCUGCACUGAAAAUCACAUCUUGGUGCCUUUUUCUCACAAGGGACAAUACGGAGUUACCAACGUUGGAAAGCAGUCUUUGACCCUGCUGGAGGUUUCAGCCUACAAUGAGAGAGUCUUCGACAACAAUGAGGCUAAUGUCAAGGGUCUGGCCAUGGAGGCUGAUGGAGAUAAGAGCGUUGCUCAGAACAAGGAUGCAGCACUGGCCGUCCUGAGAGAACUGGCCACUUUGUCUCAGUCCAACAACAGAGAGAAUAGAGCCCACCUCUUCCAGAAGCUUGUGAGCAUGGUCCGUGGAAUGAAGCAAGAGACCCUGAGCCCUGCUGUUCCAGAGGCCUUUGAAAUUUCCGGUCCCCUGACAUACCAGGUUCUAGCCCAGUGCGGCACACCAGAAUGUAGCAGUGCCCUCAUGCAAAUCCUCAGGACCUUUGACACCUCAGCUAUUGAGGUUGAUGCUGCUGUGUUCACCAUUGGCCUGUUGCCUAACCCCUCUGCCCUUCUGGUCAAUGACAUGCUGGCUAUGGCUCAGUACAAGCAGAGCAAGCCCAUCAUGUAUGCACUGAGCAAUGCUGUCAAGAGGUUCUACAAGACUGAAGGAAAGUUGACCCCUGAGAUCCAUGAUGUUGCUGAGUUUAUGGCUGCCCAGAUCGGGGACUGCUCUGGUGACCAGGAACAUAUUUUCAUGACCCUUAGGGUUAUUGGUAACAUGGCCGCUGCCAUGGGAGCUGCCAGUCCUGCCCUGAAGACCGCUGUGAUCCAGUGCAUGAACCAGCCCACUGCCACCCUGGAAGUCCAGCAAGCAGCCAUCCAGGCCUACAGACAGACACCUGUUCCUGAGGAGGGUAGAGAAAUACUCAUGCAGGUCCUUUUGGACAGUGCUAGCCCUCUGCAGAAACGUGUUGCUGCCUAUCUGGUGUUGAUGAAAGAUCCUCAGCCAAGUGAACUGACUCAAUUGGCCACUGCCUUGCCUAUUGAGGAGAACCAGCAGGCUAAAAGCUUUGUCAUCUCCCAUCUGACCAACAUCUUGGCCUCCACUGAGCCUGAGACCCAGGGGUUAAGACAGAAGAUCCUUGAUGCUCUUCAAGGCAAUGAGGUUGGAACGAUCAUGGACUCUACCCGGUUCUCCCGCAACUACAGGAUUGGAUCUGUAGAAAGCAACAUGAUAUUUGAUGGCACCAGCUACUUCCCAAGGGAACUUAUGCUUGAAAUGACACUGAAAGCCUUUGGCUAUGACAUUGACAUGAUGGAGGUUGGGGUUGAAGGCAAAGGACUGGAGCCAACUCUCGAGACCCUCUUCGGCGAGAAUGGUUUUUUCCCUGACACAACUCUGAAGACUAUUUACUUUGUUUCUGACAAGAUGCCCUAUGAGAUCAGUAAAGUUCUAAAGAAUAUGUUGCCAACUCUGACGGCUGAUAGAAAGAAGAGACAGGCCUCUCAGAACCUAAUCAGGGAAAUCAGUCGCAACCUCAACAAACUGGUGAGGGAUCUGAAGGCUCAGGAAUCUCCUGAGGCUAUGGUUUACCUGAGACUGAUGGGAAAUGAGCUGGGGUACUUCAAGACCAAAGACAUGGAAGAAAUGGCCUACUCUGCAGCUAUGAUGAUUGACAACAUGAUGAAGAUAUUCCCCACUGAUCUGAUCAAGGGACUGAUAACCAAUGAGGACAAUGAGGUCUUUGCCCAUUACAUCUUCAUGGACAAUGAAUUCUUUUUGCCAACUGCAAUUGGUGUACCUCUGAAAAUAGCCCUUUCUGGUACCUUCACCCCUGGUAUCAAGGGAGGUAUUGCACUAAGUGCUGCUAACAUGGCCGAGUUUUCCUUCAUGCCCUCUGCUGGAGUUGAGUUUGUGACCAAGGUUGGCUCUCAAAUCCCUGAGUAUGUCCUGUCUGGCCUCGAGAUGCACACCAACCUGUACCAUGAGAGUGGACUCAGAGCUAAGAUUGCUGUUUCUAAGAGUGAAGUCAAACUGACCAUCCCUGCUCUCCAGAGCCCUGCCAAGCUUAUCAGCAUCACUAACUCCUUGGUAGCUGUGACCUCUGCCGACAUCAAAAAUAUCCCCCCUAUCACAGAGGAUAAUGUUGAUGUUUUUAAAUGCACCUCUGCCUUUACUGGAAUGAAGUACUGCACUGUCCUGCAGUACACUGAUGCUAGCUCCCAUGACACUGCCCCCUACUUCCCCCUCACCGGUUACAGCAAACUCGCUGUAGAGCUACACCCAACAGGUGAUGUGUCUGAAUACUCUGCCACCGUAACCUAUGAAUUGCUUAUGGAAGGAGAAGAGGGUAACCAGAAGGUUGACACUGUAAAGAUGGUGCUGAAAGCAGAAGGUGCUGAGCCCACUGAGGCCACAGCAACUAUGAAGUACAACAGGAGGAAACAUGUCAUCACCACUGACAUCCAGAUCCCUAACUAUGACGUAGAGGUUGGACUAAGACUGGGUAUUGUCGAUGAAAACACAAAGGGCAAAGGAACACACUCCAUCUCCAUUGAUCUCAUCAAUAAGAACAUCCCUCAGUUGUCUCUGGUUAGCCGUGCCAAAAUUGAGGCCUUGACGGAGGCUAUGCUGCAGGUCCAGCUGCUUGUCCCAUCUCUGAAGGCUGAUGCCACAGUCACAACCCAUCUGAAGCGUGAUGAAGAAAUAGAACUGGAGCUUGAGUGUGACAUCAAGCUCCCUGAGACAACCUCAGUGCAGAAGAUCUCCCUUAAAUAUGACAACAGUAAGAUUGAGGCUGAAGUCAAGUCUGACAUGAACUCUGAGAUCCAGAAUAUCCUACCUAGCGUUGAGGAAAUCAAGAAGAUUGUCAAUGAUGCCCUUGAUCUUCAGGUGGGCCAGACUGACAUGAAGGUCCGCCACAUCCUCACCAAGUCUUUGGAGGCAACCAACAUCUACUUGGAGAAAUAUGAUGCUGAUAUUCCCUACAUUCAGUCUCUGAGAGUAUCAGAGAUGCCAGAGAUUACUCUGCCAGAGAAACUAUUUUUUAAUGCUGAGGCUAAGGCUGCUUAUCAUUUCAAUGAUGACCGCUUCACUCUCACGCUCCCCAUGCCUCUUGGAGGAAAAUCAACUGAAGAGCUCAACUUCCCACCUGCCCUGACCACCCCACGCCUAUCUCUGCCCCAGUUUGGCCUUGAGGUUCACUCCAUGCAGAUUCCCAUCCCUGAACUUUUUGUUCCUGAGUCAAUCACUUUAUCUGUGCCUCUAUUUGGAAAAGCUGAGGUUUUCACCAUGGUAAACAGCAAUCUGCACAAUUUUGAGGCUUCCGCUUCUGCUGGCAGGGAUGCUGUUGAGACCCCAAGCUACUCAGCCAAUAUUAAAGUAGCAGGCAACUCCCCAGUGGACAUCCUUUCCAUCAAGAUUGAAGGCUCUGGACUGAUCGCCAGCACUCCUAAUGACUCCAUCAAGGCCCAUGUGCAGACCUCUGUGAGCCACAAGCUCAUUGAGGUCAGUGUCAGCAUCACAGAAGUUGGUACAGUGACAGACAAGAUCAAUGUAAAAUCCAGCAGCAAGAUUGAAGCAACAAGUCCCCUGGGUCUAAAUGUAGUUCUGGAGCACACUGGACUGGUUGGCUUCAAUAUUGAAGAAAUCACUGCUGAGAGCAAUGUGGAGGGAACAGUCAAGGCAGGACCUGUCUACGGCAGUACCACCGCCACCCAGUCUUUCUCCAUCUUCCCAUUCAGGCCAGAGGCAAAGAUUGAUUCUUUGCUUAAGAUCGAUUCAACUGUUGUUAUUGUCCAGAACACCCUUGCAGCAUCCUUCAGCAAUGGUGAGUUGGCUGUUGUGUCUAACACCAAUGCAUUUGAAGACAUCCUCACUCAUGCUGCCAAGCUCUCUUUCAAGGAGAACAAGCUGUCCCUGAAAUGUGACACAAAUGCACUCACUCUUAGCACGAAGAUCCACAACCAGGCUGAGGCCUCUGCUGGUGCUGGAGCAGUCACUCUAAAGAUGGAAACCAAUGCUGACCACACUGAGAAUCGUGUGUAUUCUUUAGUUACUGCCUCCCUAGAUGUCAAUGGUCUGGCUGUGAACAGUGAUGCUAAUAUAAAGCUGUUUGAGCAUGAAGCUACACAGAAGGCCACUCUGACUAUGAACAAGGAUGGCUUGGCCACAAGUGGCACUACAACCCUCCAGAGUCCCCUGAUUGUUGAGAACACCUUUGCUGCUGGACUUGAUUCUUCCAAGGCAACCCUUUCCAUCGACACCAAGGCUGCACUGAAUGAUGUUAAGGUUGAAAACACCAAUGCUCUGACCCUCACUCUGUCUACAUUGGCCUUCACCUCAAAGGCUGAAGCCAUCGUCACUGAGAGAACGUCAUACACUCAUAAUAUUGCCAUUGACCUGCAGCCCUACACUGUCUCAGCAAAUGUUAACAACCACUUGAAGGUGCUGGAUGCCAACCUGUUCAAUGAGGCUCAGCUGAAGGCAGAGCUCUACAAAUUAGACUUUACUGGAAGCUUGAAGGCUGCAUAUGGUGAGGAGGAGAUCAAGCACACAUAUAAGAUAAACUACGCUGACCUGAUUACCAAUGCUAAGUGCAGUACCAUUGGAAAACUCCUUGGAACCCAUUUGAGCCACAACACAGAGGUUGAAAUUGUAGGUCUUGCUGCCAGGAUCCACAAUAAUGCUCUCUUCAACUCCCAGCCUCUCCGCUUCGACCACACCAUCCGUGCCAGUGUCAUUCCUUUUGACUUCAAUCUUGAUGCCAUCUUCAAUGCCGAUAGUGACCUAACCCUGUAUGGCGAGCAGAGCACUCAACUCUAUGGCAAAUUCCUCAUUAAAGCACAGCCCCUGGCUUUUGCUAGCACCCAGGAAUGCAGAGCUUCAGUCAACCAGCUGCUUGACAAUGGGUUAUCUCUGGAGACCACAGUUGACAACAAGGUAGACACCCUUGUGACUCCACAAGAACAAAAGGCCACACUUAGAUUGAAGUCCAAAAUGAAUAACCAUGCCCUUAACCAGGAUGUGAAUGCGUACAAUAAUGCUGAAAGGUUUGGACUGGAAGUGUCCAGUACCCUCGUCACUGACAUUCUGAACACAGAUUCCAGAGAAAAUCAACAUUUCACAAUUUCUAGCUUUCUCAAGUAUGAUAAGAACACAGAUAAUCAUAUGAUUCAAUUGCCACCAAUUGAAAAUUUGGUAGCAAUCCUGGAAAGCAUCAAGAUUACUUUUGUGAGUAUGGCUGAGGCACUGCAGAAUUACAUCAACAAUGAGGAUGUCAAGGCUAAGCUUGAGGCUUUGCCCCAGCAUGUUAGUGACUUUAUUUCCCAGCUAAACCUGGAAGGUGAGGCUGUCCAGUUCAAACAGAAUCUGAUUGCCUUCACCCGGGAGCAUGUUAUUACUAUGGAAGACCUGGACGCCUUUCUGAUAAGCCUUAGGGUUGCUACUUUCAAUCUGCUCACUGACCUUGCCACUCACAUUCAGGGUGUCAUAGAUAUUACAAAGUUGAUGAUUGUGAAUGGCCCCCUGUCUGAUAAUGUCAUCCAGAAAAUCAACAAAGUGCUUAACACUAUCAGUGAGGACAUAAGUUUAUUGAUUGUUGCUGCAAUUGAUGCUAUUGAAAUAGUCAUCAACAACAUUGACUUCCAAAACAUUGAAAUUAAGGCUGACAUUGAGCAGGCGCUGGGUGCAUUGAAGCAGUUUGUGCAGAGAUUUGAUGGAACCAAAUGUGUUGAAGACGUAAGAAGCUACAUUUUAUCUAUAAACUUAGAAGCUCACAUUGAAGAAUAUAUGACUCAAAUACCCACUGAGACCGUCAACAAAAUUGUUGAGUCUGUGAAGAAAGUAAUAGAUUACUUUGACAUUAUUGGCAAAAUCACUGCUUUCCAUGGAAAGUUGAGCCAGCUGAUUGUUAAAUUGGAAGUUGACAAAAAGGUUGAAGUCAUCCUAGAGAAUAUUUUGGACACCAGAAAGGAGUUAAAAAUUCAUGAAACAAUUCAGGUGAUAGCUGACAAUGUAAAAUCCAUUGAUAUCCCCGCAAAGGUAACGCAGUUGUUGGAUGAGGCCAUUAACUAUCUGAAAGCUACCGGGAUUAAGCAGGUCAUUGACCAUUUGAAUGAUUAUCUUGAUUCAGUUGUCCAGACGAUGAAGUCAUUCAACUACAAUGAUCGUGUGGAUAAUGUUAACCAGAUGAUCAGUAGCUACACCAACUACUUAAACAAGCUUAUAAAGGCACUUGAAAUUCCACAGAAAUGCAAAGCUGCAAGGGAGUUGGUUAACUUUGUUGUGUCAUCUCUAAUUACCUCCUAUGAACAAUUAAGGGAAAUUAAAGUUGCACACUUCCCCAGAAUAGUAAAGGACUUUGUAGACCAUGCCAUGCUUAAUCACCUGAAAGCUAUGUCUAAAAGUGUGAAGCAGAAAAUCUCUGAAAUGGACAUUAGAGCUGAGCUAAUUUCCUACCUGCAGUUGGUGAACAGUUUCUACAUCAAGACCAACAUCAUCAUCUCUAACACAUUCACCAACGUCGCAAACGUUGUUAAGAACAUGGCUGUUGAUCAACCAAUUAUCAGUGAUAUCAAGCAGAUUAUUGAUGGCAUUGUCAAUGCACUGAAGACAAGUGAGCUUGACUUUCCUGCACUCACCAUUCCUCUCACCAACUUAGUUGUUCCCGCAAUGAAGAUUAGCCUUGAAAAGCUCCAAACAAUAGAAAUUCCAACAACUCUGGAGAUCCCUGAGUUCACCAUCUUAGACUUCCACACUGUGCCACCCUGCACAGUUACAUUUGAUGAUAUUAAGCUGAGAUUAAUCAAGAUCCUAAAUAUUAUUAUCAACUUUGAGUUCCAGUUGAAUAACGUGGAGGCUUUCUUUGGAGACUUAACAAUGAACUACUUGCCUGCACUGCCCGACAUGACUCUCCCGGACAUCACCCUUCCAAAAAUAUCUCUACCAGCCCUGCCUCGUGUCCCUGUAGAGAAGUUGCUGGAGAUUCCUACUCUCCAGAUUCCAAAGAUAAAACUGCCACGCAUAAGCAGUGAGGUCUCAGUCCCAUGCUUUGGCAAGCUGUAUGGUGCUAUCAAUGUCAGGUCUCCUGUCUACAGCCUGGAGACUUUCGCUCAACUUGAGAAUUCAACAAACCAAGCAAUAAAUCCUCAGUUUACUGCAUCCCUGAAAUCCCAGGGGACAUCUGCCAGAUUUGAGGUCCUCAACUUUAUAUUUGACUCCUCUGCUCGUGUUGCUAUCCCCAAGAUGAGCCGCAUUAUUGUGGCUGAGACUCUGAAGUUAACCCACUCAGGUCUUACAUUUGAUCAUCACGCAUCAGCAAACCUUUAUGGCCUGUCAGCUCAGACAUCUGCUAGGACUAAAGUCAAGGCCACCACUGCUCCUUACACUGCUGAAUUUGUUAAUCUGGCCUUUUUUGCCAUUGAGAGUGGAAUGUCUGCCUCUCUUGAAACAAGCUAUAACCACCAAUUUAACAUACCAAUGAUUAGCUUUUUCAGUGACGCUUCUCUGACCCAAAAGGCUGUUGCUAACCAGGAAUCAACCACAGUUAAGCUGAAUGUUGAAAGUGAGGGCUCUAUCAAGUUCAACGCUCAUGAGGGCUCACACAAGAGCAGCCUGCAAUGUACCAUUAAUCCCAGAACCAUCAAUCUGAAAUUCUCUGGAGACACGGACUCCUCGUUUGGAAAAAUCAGGCAAUUUUUGUCUGCUGAUGGCGCCACACUCAGUUACUUCAAAUUUGAUGUCCGUUCUGAAACAGAGGGCUCUGCUGUCAAGAGCAGCGUGGUGGUGGCAUCUGGACAUGCUAACAUGGGAGAUUUGAAGGUUGAGCUGAAGGCAACCCAUGACUCUGAGCUUGUUGGUGGACUCAGUGGAAUCCUCUCUAACUCUUUAAAUCUUGUGAUACGUCCAAUUGAGGUUGUCUUUUACUUCCAGAAUAAAGGAAACACCAAACUCAGUCUAAAUGAGGCCCUGAAUGCUAAGAUUGAUCUCCAGAAUGAUUAUUCAGCCACCAUCAAUCCCAAUGUUCAACAGAUCAAUACUAUGGCUCUUGCCCGCUUCAAUCAGUACAAAUACUACUACAAUUUUACCAUUGAUAACAACAAGAAGGAGGCUGGAAUUUAUGCUGCUUUGAAUGGCGAGUCUGAUAUUGAUUUCUUGACCAUUCCCAUCAGCAUCCCUGAAAUGGAUCUAUUUAUCUUCAAGCUCCCAGCCAAAAGCAACCUAAACCUGUAUGAGGACACUGGUAUAAAACACAUCUUGAACACUAGGGAACAGACUGUUGGUGUGGAUGCCAAGAUGAUGUACCAGAAGAGCCAGUUUGCCCCCCUUGUUCACAUGGGACUAGUCAGAAUCCCUUCUUUGGGUAACUUGAUCACAGAGUUGUCAUUCAAGUCUUCUAUAAUUAAUCUGAAUGCCAAUGCUGGACUUUAUGCUGAGGAUGACUUGGUCUUCCGCCUGGGUGCAACAUCUGCCUCUGUGUUUGAUGCUCUGAAAGCAAAGCUUGACGGUACCACCAGCCUGACCACCAAGAGAGGGCUGAAACUGGCCACUGCUCUGUCUCUAGAGAACCCCAACAUUGAGGGAACACAUGAUAGCUCAAUCACCCUGAACACUGACAACAUGGAGGCUGAUGUCUCUGUGUCUACUGUUGCUAAGAUUACCCUGCCCAUCCUCAACCUUGAGGCCAACCAGCAGUUUGAUGCAGACCUCAAGAAAAAUGCAAAUGCUGCAUCCACGCUGAAGCUCAAAGGUGAUUUCAAUGUUCCCCUAAUUGAAGCAGUUGGCAUAGUUGACGCAGACUAUAGUAUGAAGCUGGAGGAAACCCAUGGAGACUAUAUCUCCAUAGAGACUUCUACAAAAGGAAAACUGGAAGGCACAAUCCUAGAGACCUACCCAAUUGUGGCUGCUCUGGACAAUGAAGCUAACAUCUACACAAAUGCUGAUAGUCUGCGUUCCACUACCAAGGUCAUUCUAAAUACUAAAUUUAAAAAUGGAGAGAACUCAAUCAUUGAUUUUGAUGUAGAUGAGAACCUGGCUGUGGAGGCUUCACAAGGCCAUGUAUAUGCAAUUCUGAAGUUCACUAGCAACAAUAUGGCUAACAUGCUGACCUUCACCACUAAUGGAAAGCACAUAGCUCAGGCAACCAUUGACCUUGCCCCAACUUCGCUGUCCGCCAAUUAUGAGAUUGACAUAAGACAGCCAAGUUCCUUAGGUGACAUUGUUAUGUAUGAGAAGACUGCUGUUGCACUGACAGACACAAACCAAAAGAUCACUUACACUACUAAGAUUGCCACACCUGUGUAUACCACAAAUCUGGCAUUAGAAGCUGAGUAUGAAGCCGCUGUAUUGAAAGCCACCCUCAAGUCCUCGGCUACCUCUCCCAUGGUAUUCCUGGAAUAUGACAUGGAUGGUUCCAUAACUGCUAAUAUUGAGAACGAGCCCCUGAGCCUGACUGGCAAGAUUAUACUAACACAUAGUGACCUGGCCAUGGACAUUCAGCAUAUACUUACACAGGCUACGAGGAAAAAGCAUCAAGAUGAAGAAAGUGUUUCCCGCCACUCCUUGAAUGUCGACAUUAUCAGCCCUGCCUUUACCGAUGUUAACUUCCGCUAUGCUGCAAGCAGAGAUGGAAUCAGUGCUUCUGUCUCUACUCCAUCCACUGGGUUCUUGGGUAUUCAGCUCCAGGGCAGGACUCCAUUUCAGUUGAGUUCAAGACUCUACAGUCGUUAUGCUUCUGCCCCUGAGGAUGACGUUGACAUCUUGAUCAUAAGAUCCUUUGCUAAAGAUGCUGAUAGGAUGAACCUGCAGGUUAUCUACAACACAAAGGCCCCAAAUGACAUGCUCCAGGGGCUGAAAGAGAACAUUCCUGCCAUCACAUCCACCCUGGCAAGCUUUGCUGAGAAGUAUGAGCUCACUGGACCUAUCGAAGGACUGAAGAGCUCUAUUGUACAAAUCACUGAAGCCUACAACAGUGCAAUAAACGAUGAUAAGAUUCAGCUGAGCCAGAUAUCUAUGUUCUAUAAAGAUGUUGUUGUUCAGUAUCAGAAAACCAUACAGGUAAUCUUGGACGCUGCUGUUAAAUUCCUGAGAGAGACCCAAUUCAAGGUGCCUGGCUCAGAGGAGAUGACCACACUGCCUGAGGCAUGCAACAAUCUUAUCAGCAGUUUGUCUGAUACAAUCAAUCAGGGGUUCCUGAUUAUGGAUGUCAAUCUGGGAGUAUACAUCAAUGCUUUGAUUGAAAUGAUGAGCAGUAUAAAAAUAUCAACACCAACAGGCAAUUUGAUUACUGGAGUUGAAAUCCUGGAUGUGAUAAAGACCAACCUGAGGAUUAUUUAUGUCGAGACUGGAUACAUGGUAAACCGUCUAGAAAGCCUUGAUAUGAUCCUGCUGACGAUGGAUGAAACAAUUAAGGAAAUCAUUGAAAAGGCCAUACAAUUUGUUGACACUCUUAAGUCUGACUACCCGGAUUCAGUUUUGGUCUAUGUCAACAUUCUCCACCGUCGACUUCACAUCAUUAUCAAGAAUGGUUUGAACAAGAUAUCUACACUAAACAUGGAGCAUCUGAACAGUGGUAUCCAUUACGUCCUGAAUAUGGUUAUGUCUGUGUUAAGCGAGUUUAACAACACUAUGUCCCUCUUUCUAAAAGAGGCUUAUGCAGAGGCCCAAGCUGAUGUGAAAGUUAAUGAAGAAAGGAUAGAGAUCAACCUGCCGUUCCUCCUCAAUCAGUGAGUUUCCCCUACAUAAUAAGACCUGAGACUAUUAAACACUACCACCUUUAUAAUCUUGGGAGAAAAAAGUAAGUAAGUUCAAGAAAUCUCUGCAUGUAUUUAAUGCAGUCAGGGUAACAUGUCCACAUUGUUAAGGAGAUGUUUCUGUUUUGUGUGAAAUUACUACUAUUUGUCAAAUGCAAAGUUUAUUGACACCCACCUCUCUUUUAUUACAAACACAAAAAAUAGUAAUAGGAUUGAUUUGUGUCAAUAAAAACAUACAGCUUUAUACCAUA